AUGAGCAUUGUUUCCGCCAGCGACAGCGGCAGCAGCAGCAAUCCAACUGAUGUCUCUGCCAGCAACCGCUGUGCUAGCAAGGUCUGCGCAGCACUUGUCGCCAUCCAACGCUACGACGACUCCAUCUUCACCAACCCCAUGCUAGAGAAACUCGGAGUCUACACGACAAAGAACCACGACCAUCCACGGUGGCUACCACAUGCGUCCUCCGUUCCAUCUCCCUAUCUCGACCGCAGCACUGCCGACCACAAUCCAGCCCUGCGUCCCCCCCAGAAGCUGCCUUGGGAAGCAAACCGCACCGCCCUCGAAUGGGCCGCGCAUUUCUCCGAGAUGGCAACCCUCCUGGCGCGACCAACUGCCGACAUCCCCCAGCCGGCUGCAAAACCUCCCCCAGACUCGUCCGCCCGUCCAAGCCCCCUCAAUUGGGAUAACCCGAUGGAGCGAUUGCUCGCCAAGGGAGAGGCGUAUCCAGAUUACCAGACUUGGCGUUGGAAGGCGACGGCCUUGCUUCGGGCGAAAGGUGAAGGCCCCAACGGCUGCAGAUCCGUCGGCUGCAUUGCCUUCGACGACUCCUGCGAUUCGCUCCCUGCACAUCUUCCAUACAGACGAAGCGAGCUUCUCUGCCUGGUCACCCUCGUCUGCCACGCAAUGAGCGGCAAGCCUGUCAAUACACCCAUCGCGGCCACCCUCCUCAUGUUCACAACCACCACGCUCCGAGUUCUCCAGAUGCGAAUCGAUCCAAACGAUCAUGACGGUCCCGACGGUCCCAAUUUGUACAUCACGACGAGGGACACUCUUUCUCUGGACAAGAUCACAUCCGAAGCUGGCCACGGCGAUUGGCUGCAAGUGAUUUCGUGGCUUCGCUUCCGCUUCGCCUCCCACCAAGCUGCGCCUUCGGAGGAGCUUUUCCCCAAGGAUGAGGGGUCGGAGACAGCAAGCGAUUGUGGAGAUGACGGUGGGUCUCCGUCUUCUUCGCGGUCCGGGUAG